CCCAAAGAAGCAUGGCAGAGGCAAAUAACCAGGACCUUUUCACCUGUCCGAUUUGUUUGGACAUAUUGAACGAUCCAGUUACUAUUCCGUGUGGACACAGUUACUGCAUGGACUGCAUUAAGAACUGCUGGGAUAAGGAAGCUGGUCACGAUGGAGUUUACAGCUGUCCCCAGUGCAGGGAGACCUUUUCUCCAAGACCCGUUGUAAAGAAAAACAAUAUCUUCGCUGAGCUUGUGGAACAGGUGAGGAAGACCAGAAUCCAGACUUCUUCUGUUGCUCAAGAUUUUGCUGCACCUGGAGAUGUGGAGUGCGAUGUCUGCACUGGAAAAAAACGGAAAGCAGUCAAGUCCUGUCUGGAGUGUCUGGCAUCUUACUGUGAAACUCACUUUGAAACUCACAAUGAACUUCACGCGGGAAGGCACGCAGUGGUUGAUGCGACAGGCCAGCUACAGCAGAGGAUCUGCUCCCAUCAUAAGAAAGUUUUAGAAAUAUUUUGUCGCACUGACCAGAGCUGUAUCUGCUAUCUGUGCAUGAUGGACGAACACAAACGCCACGACACAGUCACAGCUGCAGCUGAGUGGAGUAUCAAACAGAAUCAGCGUAAGGAGACCCAGACCAAAUUCCAGCAGGCAAUCCAGGAGAAAGAGAAGGAGCUGCAGGAGCUGAGCAAGGCUUUGGAGUCCCUCAAGAGGUCUGCACAGACAGCAGUGGAGGACAGUGACAGCAUGUUUACUGAGAUGAUCCGCUCCAUUGAGAGAAGGCGCUCUGAGGUGACAGAGCUGAUCAGAGGUCAGGAGAAGGCUGAGGUGAGUCGGGCUGAAGAACAUCUGAAACAACUGGAGCAGGAGAUUGCUGAGCUGAAGAGGAGAGAUGCUGAGCUGGAGCAGCUUUCACACACAGAGGACCACAUUCAUUUCCUUCUGAACUUCCAGUCAGUCAGUGGCCCACCACAGUCUCAAAACGCAUCCAGCAUUACAGUAAACCAGAGUCUCUCUUUUGAGGCUGUGAUGAAAUCAGUGUCCACACUGAAGGAGCAGCUGGAAGAUCACUGCAGACAGGACAUCCUGAAGAGCUCUACAGCAGUGACUAAUCCUGCUUUGACAGCACCAGUGACCAGAGACAAUUCCUUACAAUUGACUCAGCCUUUUUUGACACCACCAGUGACCAGAAACUAUUUCCAGUGGUCUGACUCAGAAAGUUAUGAAGAAGAACCAGAGACCAGAGAGGAUUUCUUACAAUAUUACCGUCACUUCACACUGGAUCGAAACACAGCACAUAAAGACCUCCACCUUUCUAGACGGGGCAGGAGGGUGGAAGGUAGGGAAGUGACUUGGCCUCAGCCCUAUCAUCCAGACAGAUUUGGAUGCUGGCGUCAGGUGCUGUGUAAAGAGAGCGUGUCUGGGCGUGCCUACUGGGAGGUGGAGUGGAGUGGGAAAGUCUACAUAGCAGUCGCAUAUGACUGCAUCGACAGGGAAGGUCCAGAAAGUAGGUUUGGAUUUAAUACUGAAUCUUGGUGUCUAAUUAUCGACGACACCAAAUCUCGAUCCUCUGUCUGGUUCGAUAAUGAACAGACUCAAAUCCCUCUAGUGACCAGCUCCAGAGUAGGAGUGUAUGUGGACUACGAGGAAGGAACUGUGGCCUUCUACAGUGUCACUGACACAAUGACCCUCCUGCACGAAUUCCAGACCAUGUUCGACUAUGAAACACUCUACCCUGGGUUUUUGGUUACUAAAGGAUCAUCAGUGAAGUUGCUGUGACUCACAGACAGAGCAAAUCUGUGAGGAUAUCUAUAGAAACAUGCAUACAUCACCACACCUAAACACAUAAAACACACCACACACACCUGGCAUACAUCACCACACCUAAACACAUACAACACACCACACACACAUGCAUACAUCACCACACCUAAACACAUACAACACACCACACACACCUGGCAUACAUCACCACACCUAAACACAUACAACACACCACACACACCUGGCAUACAUCACCACACCUAAACACAUACAACACACCACACACACCUGGCAUACAUCACCACACCUAAACACAUACAACACACCACACACACCUGGCAUACAUCACCACACCUAAACACAUAAAACACACCACACACACAUGCAUACAUCACCACACCUAAACACAUAAAACACACCACACACACCUAAACACAUAAAACACACCACACACACAUGCAUACAUCACCACACCUAAACACAUACAACACACCACACACACCUGGCAUACAUCACCACACCUAAACACAUAAAACACACCACACACACAUGCAUACAUCAUCACACCUAAACACAUAAAACACACCACACACACCUGGCAUACAUCACCACACCUGAACACAUAAAACACACCACACACACCUGGCAUACAUCACCACACCUGAACACAUAAAACACACCACACACACCUGGCAUACAUCAUCACACCUAAACACAUAAAACACACCACACACACCUGGCAGCUUGGCCUCUGAAUCUCUGACCCUGGGGGUCACCAUCAGACCAAAGCCAUUCCCACAUGUCUGGACCCCCGCAGAUAUUAAAGUGUCCGGACUGCUGGAGCACACAUCAGCACACACACAUGAACUAGGCGUAUAAUCCCAGUGUUCCACCUCCUCUGGCCCACAAUCCACUUCCUCUCCCUCCUGCUCCCCCUAUAGCCCUCCAUUCAGUCCCUGUCUCUGUUCAGUCCACAACACAUGUCUUAUGAAGGUCAGCUAUGGAGCCCAUGAGAUCAUAUUCAGUGGGAGUUCAUCUUUAUGAGACUGGACUUAUCACCAAUAGUUCUGAGAGGGAAAAAGGAAAUGUUCUGUUGUAAAAAAGAGUUUUUAUUCAAAGUUUGGGUUUUGGGUUGGGUCUUGUAUAAUGAUGCAUGUUAGCUUUACUUUGUAAAAUGAAAGACAUAUUACUUCAUCCUUUCUGUUCAAGUUAUUAAAUAUAUUAUAAUCUAAAAGAAUUUGUGUAAAAGUGGUUAAAGGUAAAACUAUGUGGUAAAAACACAAUAAAAUUGGAAACUGUUAUUUUCUUCUAACUCUUAG